CGUGCCGAAAAAUAUCCGGACAGUUCGGAGAGAGUCUCGGUGAAAAUUUUUCAGCUCAUGAAUGUUUUGUGCCUAGAAAAGUGACAAGAAAACAGUAAAUUCCGCUUGGAAUUGCAACAAAAUUGCAUCCCGUUGCUUCGAUAAAACCGUGGAAAUGUAAAUUAAAUGCAGAAGAACGAGAGAAAUUACUGCUCAAACUAAUGCGCUUAAAAGCGUUUUAGGAUAACCUCAACACCACCGCAGCAGAGUUUUUGAGAGUAAUUCUGUUUAGUUAUUUUUAAGUUUUUCUUCUUUUCCCCACACCUUUUCCUCUCUUUCACUCCCUCUCUGUCUCCCCCUCCCUUUCUUUCCGGAUUGUGUAAGUGGAGUUCAAACGAAGAAAAAAAGAAAAUUGUGCUUAAAAGUGAAACGUGAAAGAGUCAGAGAGAACAGCAAGUGAAACAGCAAUAGGAUAUAAACCAUCAUCUUUCGACUUUCAUACUUUGCCGCAUAUUGUUUUUUGUCUCCGCAUCUUGACUGUCCAACGAAAAGAUACGACGGAAUAUUCUACAGAGUGAACAUCGAGUUUUCCACCCACAGUCAAGAUGGGAGACGUCGAUCCAGAGACGCUCCUGGAAUGGCUGUCUAUGGGACAGGGAGAUGAGCGUGAUAUGCAAUUAAUUGCGCUGGAGCAACUCUGCAUGUUGCUCCUGAUGUCAGACAAUGUUGACAGGUGCUUUGAAAGUUGUCCACCGCGUACCUUCCUUCCGGCACUCUGCAAGAUAUUCCUCGAUGAGUUGGCACCUGAGAAUGUGCUGGAAGUCACGGCACGUGCCAUCACUUACUACCUGGAUGUGUCAGCUGAGUGCACCCGCCGCAUUGUGGCCAUCGAGGGAGCAAUCAAGGCGAUCUGCAACCGACUGGUUGUGGCCGAUUUGACCAGUCGCACCAGCCGUGAUCUCGCUGAGCAGUGCAUCAAAGUAUUGGAGUUGAUUUGCACUCGCGAGGCUGGGGCUGUUUUCGAGGGUGGCGGACUGAACUGUGUUCUCUCGUUCAUCCGAGACUGUGGAUCUCAGGUGCACAAGGAUACGCUACACUCAGCCAUGGCAGUUGUGUCGCGUCUUUGCACGAAAGUGGAGCCACUGAGCCCCACAAUUCAAACAUGUGUCGAGAGUCUGAGCACACUCCUACAGCACGAGGAUCCUCUUGUGGCAGAUGGAGCGCUCAAGUGUUUCGCCUCGGUGGCAGAUAGAUUCACACGCAAGGGUGUUGAUCCAGCACCAUUGGCUGAAUACGGACUUGUGACGGAACUUCUCCAUCGACUGAGCAAUGCCGCAGGGCCUGUGGCGUCCACAUCUGCAGCAGGACAGAACCUCCAAGAGGGCGGACAUGCUGCUGCCGUACCAAAAUCCCAAACUGCCGACACCACACGAUCGAGUCAAUCGAUUUCCACUACGAUCUCACUACUUUCCACCCUGUGCAGAGGGUCUCCAACAAUAACUCACGAUCUGCUGAGGUCAAAACUGCCGGAGGCAAUAGAGCGAGCGCUCAAAGGUGAUGAGCGAUGUGUGUUGGACUGUAUGCGCCUGGCGGAUUUGCUGCUGUUACUCCUCUUUGAGGGUCGUCAAGCGCUAAAUCGAGUGGGAUGUGCACAAGGGCAAUUGGUGCCGCGAGUUCGCCGCGCGGACUCGAGUGCGGAGCGGACACACAGACAGCUGAUAGAUUGCAUUCGGAGUAAGGACACGGAGGCUCUGCUGGAAGCUAUUGAAUCGUGUGGAAUUGAUGUCAACUGUAUGGACGAUGUGGGUCAGACGCUGCUCAACUGGGCGUCGGCAUUUGGCACGCUCGAGAUGGUGGAGUACUUGUGUGAGAAGGGUGCAGAUGUGAACAAGGGACAGCGCAGUUCCUCCCUCCACUAUGCUGCAUGCUUUGGACGUCCGGGUAUUGCAAAAGUGUUGCUCAAGUAUGGCGCCAAUCCGGAUUUGAGGGAUGAAGAUGGGAAAACACCCCUCGACAAGGCACGUGAGCGCCUCGAUGAAGGUCACAGGGAGGUGACAUCGAUUCUUCAGUCGCCAGGCGACUGGAUGUCAGCCAUUCGGCCGGACGCAAAGGCGGAUGGUGAGGAGUCUAAUGAGCCAAGGGGUGAUCCUGAAAUGGCUCCCAUCUACUUGAAAUUCUUUCUGCCAGUCUUCUGCAAGACCUUCCAGAGCACAAUGUUGGCGAGCGUGAGAAAAUCGAGCUUGGGACUCAUUAAGAAGAUGGUCCAAUAUACCCAACCGGAAUUACUCUCGACACUCUGCUCCACCCAAAAUGACCAAAAUCUGGGCACAUUGCUGGUGGAAGUGGUUGCCAGUGUGUUGGACAAUGAGGACGACGAAGAUGGACAUUUGGUGGUUUUGACGAUAAUUGAGGAAUUAAUGUCAAAGACUCACGAUGAAUUUCUCGAUCAUUUCGCGCGUUUGGGCGUGUUCUCAAAAGUGCAGGCACUGAUGGGUCCAUCCGGGACUACGGGUGAGAGUGGUGAGACUGAUGUGAUAAAAUCCCAAGAGGAGGGCGCCGCCGCGUCAACGAGUCGACAGCAGAAGCUGGGAAAUACUUCGGGUGCCGUGGAGCAACUGGGCGGCGAGAGUGUGCUGGAGGAUGCCAAAGAGAUUUUGCCUGGGAAGGCUUAUCACUGGCGAGACUGGAGCAUCUGCCGUGGCCGUGAUUGUCUGUACGUGUGGUCAGAUUCGGCGGCUCUGGAGCUAUCGAAUGGCUCGAAUGGCUGGUUCCGGUUCAUCCUAGAUGGUAAACUGGCCACGAUGUAUUCCAGUGGGAGUCCAGAGAACGGAAGUGACAGUUCAGGCAAAGGGCAUAGCGUGGAUUCUAUUUCUAGUGAAGAGAAUCGUGGAGAAUUUUUGGAGAAAUUACAGAGAGCUCGCGCUGCUGUUCGCCAAGGAUCGAUAUCACAGCCAAUUUUGUCUACAUCCACAUCAACAAGACUGAUUGUUGGCAAUUGGGUGUUGCAAAAUCAAAAGGACAAUCAACUGCAUAUCCACAAUUCAGAAGGUCAUCAAGUGACAAUUCUUCAGGAUGACUUGCCGGGAUUUGUGUUUGAGAGCAAUCGUGGCACAAAGCACACCUUCACGGCUGAAACGACUCUGGGUCCGGACUUUGCGUCUGGCUGGUCGAGUAGUCGGAAGAAGAAGAUGCGCUCGAAGGCGGAGGCACAGAAGUGUCAGGUGAAGAACAUGGCACGUGACAUCUACAAUCGUCACUUCAAGGCAGCUCAGGCUGUGCCACGUGGCGCUGUGGCCACGUUGGCGGUGAUUGUGAGAGAAAUUGAGACCGCUCUGGAGGAGCAAUACUCCCUGACGCUGGCCAGACAGACGAUGGAGGCUGGUGCUGUGGCGGAGAUUUGCUGUGAGAAGAUCACAUGGCAGGAGAGACUCAGAUCAGCACUCAGCAAUCUCGCAACCCUUCUCCACGUGGAUGGCGUUGUCAGUGCCUAUGAGAUGCAUAGUUCAGGCCUUGUGCAGGCUCUAGUGGCACUUCUGUCAAAGAACUACUGGGAAUCGGGACUCACAAGGAAUAAGGCUAAUAAGCUGCAGAAGCAACGAAUUGCCAUUUUUAAUCAAUGCAUACAGGCGGGUUCAAAUGUCGAGGCCACUGAUGGAGCGAAGUGUAAGAGCACGGCGAGUAUAUUGGUAGCAAAACUCGUGGCAGUGCUGGAGAGCAUUGAGAAAUUGCCUGUGUAUCUUUAUGAGUCUCCUGGUACGGGAUAUGGCUUGCAGAUUCUCACGAAGCGUCUGCGUUUCCGCCUGGAGAGAGCCUCAUGCGAGACCACACUGUUUGAUCGCACUGGAAGGCACUUGAAGAUGGAACCGCUGGCCACGGUGGGCCAAUUGGCUAAGUACCUGUUGAAGAUGGUGGCAAAGCAGUGGUAUGACAUGGACAGAUCAACGUACUUUUUUCUGAAGAAAUUGAGAGAUUGUGGAAAACAGAUUGCCUUCAAGCAUCAGUACGAUUUCGAUGAGAAUGGACUGAUUUACUUCAUCGGCACGAAUGGAAAAACAACUGAAUGGGUGAAUCCAGCUCAAUAUGGUCUCGUGACAGUCACGAGUUCAGAAGGCAAGCAAUUGCCGUAUGGGAAGCUAGAGGAUAUUCUCUCGCGUGACAGCAUCUCAAUCAAUUGUCACACAAAGGACAACAAGAAGGCGUGGUUCUCCAUUGAUCUGGGACUCUUCCUCAUCCCAUCGGCCUACACGUUGCGACAUGCCAGAGGAUAUGGUCGAUCUGCGCUGAGAAAUUGGAUGUUCCAAAUGUCUAAGGAUGGCGUCACAUGGCAGACGCUGUAUACUCACACGGACGACAAGAGUCUCGUGGAGCCUGGCAGCACGUGUACAUGGGCCAUUGAGUGUUCCCCCGAGGAGACAAUUGGCUUUCGUCAUGUGCGCAUUCAGCAGAAUGGGCGCAACGCUUCGGGUCAGACACACUACCUCAGCCUGUCUGGCUUUGAGAUCUAUGGAAAGGUGGUGUCGGUGUGUGAAGACUUGGGAAAGACGGCAGCUAAGGAGAUGGAGGCGAAGAUUCGUCGUGAGAGACGCCAAAUUCGGGCACAAUUGAAGCAUAUCACUUCGGGUGCAAGGGUGGUGCGUGGUGUAGAUUGGCGCUGGGACGAUCAGGAUGGGCAUCCGCCAUGCGAAGGAACGGUGACGGGAGAGAUUCACAAUGGGUGGAUCGAUGUGAAGUGGGAUCAUGGCGUGAGGAAUUCAUACAGAAUGGGUGCUGAAGGGAAAUAUGAUCUCAAGUUGGCCAAUUGUGAUAGUUUGAUGAUGGAACCGGGAAAUUCUCUCAUUCCGCUGUCCACAAAGAAAUCAACGGAUAAGACAAGUGUGUUAACUAGCAGAAAAUCAAGUUCCACACCAAGUUUGCCGGAAGCAACGACAGAAAUCAGAAAUUCCGUAGCAUCAACAGAUCAAGCAUCAUCGGCGGAUAAUCUGACAUGGAAGCAAGCUGUGGAGGCAAUAGCUGAGAAUGUUCUCUCAUCAGCUAAGAGUGAUAUUGUCAAUCCAGGAGAGAUUCAUCCCAAUCAAACGGAGGUUUCAGUGGUUGUGCAUACGUUGAGAGACAAUCAUCCAGACUUGUCAGCUAUCAACAAUUCCACACAGACUAUUGCGUCGGAUUUGGCAACAAUAACAGAAAAUCUUACGCUAAAUACACCAGAGCCGACGUCCAGUAGUACUGGAAUUCCGUGCUUCGUGAGACAACAGAGUUAUCCAGAGGACAGCAAGAUUCUCAAUGAGGCCAACAACAAAAUCAACGCCAGCAAUUCCACAAACAGUAUCGCAUCCAAGAGUCUCUUGAGCACACUCAGAACGCAAUCUGGUGGGGUGACAAAGAUGACAACAACUGUGAGUCAGGGAGUGGAUACGUUCCGAAAUAAUGCCAGCAAUAUUCUCUCUUCGGACAUACUGUCCAUCUCCACAGCAAAUAUGCUCACGCCGGCAGUGAGGAUGACACUGCAGAAGUCAACGAUUGCUAACACAACCACAACGCCGAGCAGUGGUGAGAAGAUGCAGACAAGCAGUGAGGAGCAGAAUUUCAAGAUGCGUAAACCAUUGCAUCGUGUGGAGAAAUUGCUGCAGAUCCAGCAACAGCCGGAGGAUAUCUACCUGCCAUUGCCGCCGUCAGUGGCGAAGGAACGUGAUACAACGAACAACUUGAAGAAUAAUCUCGUUGCCACAUCCACGGCGACUCAGGGCACUCCCACGACAACAGAGACGCUCGCCCCGGCAGGAGAUCCCUCAUCAACGAGCACCAGUGCUGAUGCUGUGGUGGUGGCAAAUCCAAUGAGUGUGUCAGUGCCCAAUUUGACAACAUCAACCAGUGAAGUGGCAAAUCCCAUUGAACCGACAACGCCACACGGUUUGCUGGAAACUUUCGCCGCCAUGGCGAGACGAAGAACAUCGCAGGGAAGUGGUGGUGGUGGCAGUGCUUUCCAGGCUAACAAUCAGGCCAUGAACACGGUCAACACCAGCAACAAUCAGAGCACAUCUGGAUUCUUUCCCCGCGGACCCAAUUCUGUUACCAGCCUCGUGAAGUUGGCACUCUCGAGUAAUUUUCACACCGGUCUCCUCAGCACGGCACAAAGCUAUCCCAGUCUCACGAGUUCCGCCAAUAUUCCCCCGACAACUACAAAUUCAGGAACUACGGCCGGUGGCAUCACGACAUCAGCCAGCAGUGGUCAGGCCGCCACAUCACCAUCACCUGCUCUCAAUCCCGCCUUCACAAUGAGUCUCACCUCAACGAGUAGUGACAGUGAGCAGGUAUCGCUGGAGGACUUCCUGGAGAGCUGCCGGGCGCCGACACUUCUCGGUGAUCUGGAGGAUGAUGAGGACAUGGAGGAAGACAACGAUGAUGAGGAGAAUGAGGAUGAAUAUGAGGAGGUGGGCAGUACAUUGCUGCAAGUGAUGGUGUCUCGAAAUCUUCUCUCAUUCAUGGACGAUGAGACGCUGGAGAAUCGUUUAGUGGCAGCGGGCAAGAGGAAAUCAUGGGAUGAUGAGUAUGUGCUGAAGCGGCAGUUUUCAGCACUGAUUCCCGCCUUUGAUCCUCGACCAGGACGCACGAAUGUCAAUCAGACGACAGAUCUUGAAAUACCUCCGCCUGGUUCAGAGAGUCAGUCUCAGUCUGUAGAUGUCACACUCAUCCCGCAGCCAUCGCUGCAUCUCGUGCUCAAGGGACCGAAUUUGGCAGGUGUGGGUGAUGUGGAGAUUCCUCUUACCAAUCCUGACUGGACAAUAUUCAGGGCUGUGCAGGAACUCAUGCAGAUGACUAACAUGAAUAAGACAGAGAAGCUGCGAAAGAUCUGGGAGCCGACGUACACCAUCAUUUACCGCGAGGCCACCAGUAAAGAGGACAACAAUGUGAGCAGUGGUGAAGGAAGAACAACUCCUGUGGUGUCUGUCUUCAGUUCAGGUCGAAGUGGAGGAUCAACUCUGUCACCAAGUUCACCUCUUCCAAUGACUCCAUCAACGCUCCACUGCUCUGUGGAUGAUGUGUUGCAACUUCUGUCGCAGCUCAAUGCCAUCAAUGGCCAACUUCUGGCGGCAGAGAGUGAUAAUUCCAUCACACUAAGCGGUGAUCUGUUCAUGAGCAAAAAGAUUACAAAUAAGCUGCUGCAGCAGAUUCAGGAUCCAUUGGUGUUGAGCAGCAAUAGUUUGCCGUCUUGGUGUGAGAAUCUCAAUCAAUCAUGUCCGUUCCUGUUCCCCUUCGAGACACGUCAGCUGUACUUCAGUUCCACGGCUUUCGGUGCCUCACGGAGCAUCGUUUGGCUGCAGUCGCAACGUGAUGUGACUCUCGACCGGCGGAUACCUGGCUCGAGUCCGCGACGCGAUGAGCAGCACGAAUUUCGUGUGGGGCGUCUCAAGCAUGAUCGUGUGAAGGUGCCACGAAGUGAGAAUCUCAUUGAGUGGGCGAUGCAGGUGAUGAGGACUCACUGCACGAGGAAAUCUGUGUUGGAAGUUGAGUUCAUGGGCGAGGAGGGCACCGGAUUGGGUCCCACCCUUGAGUUCUAUGCUCUCGUCGCGGCGGAACUGCAGAGGAGUGAUCUGGGCAUGUGGCUUUGUGACGACGAGGUGGACCAGAAAAUGGAUGAAGCGACAGAGAUUGACUUGGGUGAGGGUGCGAAACCUAUUGGGUAUUAUGUGCGUCGUCCGGCUGGAUUGUUCCCGGCGCCGUUGCCUCAAGAUUCGGAGAUCUGCGAGCGAGUGUCCAAGUACUUCUGGUUCCUGGGUGUGUUCCUCGCCAAGGUGCUGCAGGAUGGUAGGAUUGUGGAUCUACCGCUGUCGACGCCAUUCCUUCAGUUGCUGUGCCACACCAAGAGCACCAAGUGUCGCAACAUCUCAGCCACGACAGGUGUGAAGUCAAGUGAGGACAUUAUGAUGUCGAGCAUGAUGUCGGAAGAGAGUGAUCGCGAGACAAUUGACAAUUACUCUCGGAUGCUGGGCGCCAGAUUCCCGGCCUCUUCGUGGUAUGACGGUGUUCUGGGCUGCGAUCAGUUGGCUGAGAUUGAUCCAAUCAGGGCGGAGUUCCUCAGAGAGCUGCAGGAUAUCGUGAUGCAGAAGCAGAACAUUGAGCAGAACAUCAGUCUGACACCCGAUGCCAAAGCCCAGAUGAUUGAGGAGCUGAAGUUAACCACCAAGUGUGCUGAGGUGAGUCUUGAGGACUUGGCGCUCAGCUUCACAUACCUGCCCAGUUCCAAAGUGUACGGAUUCGCGAGUGCUGACCUCAUUCCCAAUGGCAAUCAAGUGGAUGUGACGGUGAUGAAUGUGGAGGAGUACUGUGAUCUCACCAUGAACUUCUGCCUCCAAGAUGGCAUUGCUAAGCAACUGCAGGCCUUCCAUGAGGGAUUCAGCCAGGUGUUCCCACUAAACAAGUUGGCUGCCUUCACGCCCGAUGAGGCGCGCAUUAUGAUCUGUGGUGAGCAGAAUCCCGAGUGGACGAGAGAUGAUCUUCUGAACUACACAGAACCGAAAUUGGGUUACAGCAAGGACAGUCCCGGCUUUCUGCGAUUCGUGAAUGUACUUAUGAGUCUCACGGGUCCGGAGAGGAAGGCCUUCUUGCAGUUCACAACUGGCUGCAGCAGUUUGCCGCCGGGCGGCCUUGCCAAUCUACUGCCGCGCCUCACGAUCGUCCGGAAGGUGGACGCGGGUGAGGGGAGCUAUCCGUCUGUCAACACAUGCGUCCACUACCUCAAGCUACCUGAUUAUCCCACGGAGGAGAUCCUCAAGGAGAGACUACUCACGGCGACCAAGGAGAAGGGAUUCCACCUCAACUAAAAUAUGUGCGCGCGUAGAGAAAAAAAAAAUUGCAGAUGAAAUUUUUAUCAGUCACACAAACACACAGAUUUCUCUCCAAUUUUCUAAAAAGAGAAGCUCUAUCGAGAUUUCGAGGGAAGAAGAAACUGUCUCUCAAAAUGUUUUGAUGAAUAUGCAGAGAAAAGAAAAGAUGAUUUCACUAAAGAAUUUGGAUAUUUAGGACAAUAUUUAAUCACAGCAGAGAAGAUAUUUUAGACGCGAAGUAAAUGUAGAUGUACUUUUAAUUUUUCUUCGUCUCUGAUUAACUUACAAAAUGUAUAAUUAGUGUGAUAUUCAAGUAACAAGAAAAUGAUGUAUUGAGUGAGUGGAAGAAUAUAUAGAGAGAAUAAAAACAUACAAUAAUUUUA